AAAAGAUAACAUAACCCCUCCUUUAAAGAAAGUACUACCCCUACGCACAACUCUCUCUCUCUCUCUCUCUCUCUCGUCCAAAUGAACAAUCUUGUAACUUCCAACUCAUCCUCCACAGCAACCGAUUCCACCACCGAAAGGCUGAAUAUCCACUGCGAUAAGGCGGCGGAGCUCCAUCACCACCAGUCUUUGUUGCCUGGACUUCCAGACCAUAUAGCCCAACUUUGCCUUUUUUUGGUCCAUCCUUCAAUUCUCUACUCCGUUUGCCGUUCUUGGCGCCGCCUUAUCUAUUCUCCAUCUUUUCCUCCGUUUCUAUCUAUUUACACUCUCUUGAUAUCCACUCAAAAUCAUGCCAACUCCAUUGAAUACUUCUCCUUCGAUCCCAUUUCAAAUAAGUGGUGGUCCUUUCCUCCGCCGCUUACUGAUCCGUCGCCCCGCUUCCUCCUCCGCCACCGUUCCUUCAUUUCACGUAAACUGCCUAUACAAUCUGUUUCUGUUUCCGGCAACUUAGUCCUCCUUGCUGCCACCAACGACAAAUUCCUCCCUGCCCUCUCGAGGCCACUCAUUUUCAAUCCCUUGAUCAAGAAAUGGACCUAUGGUCCCCCAUUAUCCACUCCUCGGCGAUGGUGCGCCGCUGGAGCCUCCGGCGAUGUCGUAUACGUGGCGAGUGGAAUUGGGUCCCACUACAACACUGAGGUUGCUCGAUCUGUCGAAAAAUGGGACCUCAAAAACAAUAACAACAGCCAUUUCUGCCACAAAAAAUUAUGGGGUUUUGAAAAUGAUUGGAGGUGGGAAAGAAUGGGAGGGCUAAAACAAGAAAAAUUCAGUCGAGAUGCCAUCGAUGCUAUAGGUAUUGAGUCUUCCUUCCGACCCCUUAUAUAUUGAUUUUUAUUUUAUAUUUA